AUGGCCCGCGCAUUCACGCACACCCCCCCCUUCUGGGCCCUCGUCUGGAUGGCCGUCUCCCUCCCCCUCGUCGCCUGGGACACGCUCUACGUGCUCGGCCGCCCGCACACCAUGCCCGGCGGCUGCUGCCACUGGCCCUGGUCGCCCUACAAGCUCUACGGGGAAAUCGACCACGUGUACGGCUGGAAGGCCUUCCGCGACCGCAGCGGCUUCACCGGCGCCCAGGCCCUCCUCAACCUCGUCGAGACGGCCAUGUACCUCGCCUACCUGCGCCUGUGGCGCUCGCGCCGCCAGCCCGCCGGGGCCGUCGCCGGCCGCGUCGGCGCUCUCGCCCUGCUGCUCGGCUUUAGCGCCGCCGUCAUGACGCUGAGCAAGACGGUUCUGUACUGGGCGCACGAGUAUUUCUCCGGCUUUGCCAACAUUGGCCACAAUGCCGUCGCUGAUCUGGUCCUCCUGUGGAUCGUUCCCAAUGGCGCGUGGCUCGUCGGGCCGUCCUACAUGAUAUAUGCUUUGGGCUCGGAGAUUCUCGACAACCUGGAAGGCGUGCAUGUCAAGAAGGACUAG